CGAACAUUUGUGCAUUCUAAUUUUCUUGAAUAAUGAAUGGAGUUUUGAAGUAUGUUGCAAUCUUGAUAUAUUUCUUAUUCAAUAUACUCAAUAGACCACACAUUUGAUUUGUCUUUAAGUGAACAAUGUUUAAAAUUACGAUUCGUACAAUUCGAAGAGGAAAUUAUGGUAGAUAAUGAUUCUGAAGUAUUGUUUUGAGAACUUCCAACUCCCAAAUACUCUCUGUUCGUAAUCAAUUUCGUUCAGCUAAAAGUGUAAUCUACAGCCUAAAUAUAUAUAUCUAAGAAAAUCAUAACCAUAAACUGUCGUCGUAAUCUUGCAUAUAUAAAACACUGUUGGCAAUGAAUUGUACAUGGACUCAUGUACCACAAAAUACAUUCACUUUUUAGAAACAUGACGCAUAAAAAUGAGAUCUCAUAGGGCAUUUCUUCUUAAUUCGUUACAAAUUACUUACGUAGUUUUAGUAAAUUUAUACUUUAAAUGAAAAGUAGUUUACUGUCAUUAGUUAGACAAAUGUGUAUAGUUCUUGUUUUUCAUGUAGCAGUGUCAUAUAAACUGGAAAUUUAACUAGAAUGUUGAAAGUUUUCCAGAAUCGCUUGGAUAUAUUGUUCAUAACUAAUAACGUAUAUAAUGAUAAACAAACUCAUUCUCAUAGUCAAACUACUUUCACUAAUGGCUCAAAUUUCUUUUGACAAAAUAGUUGAAUAAUUUCUUUGUCAUAUGAAAGAUUUAUGCAAUCAACGACUCUACCGUCUGUAAAACAUCUGCUUGAAUAUAAAUGCUAAUACGUUUAUCACGGAUAAUAAUUAACAGUAUUCGCUUAAUAUGAAAAUGAGCAUUAAACAUUCAAAGUCUAGUUAAAACGUACAGUAGUCACCCAGCCACAGAUAGAAAAUUAUUUAUACUUAUAAAUCUAUGAAAUCUAACUAAAGUUCAUAUUGCUUCCGAACAAUUUUUAAUGAACACAUUAUCAUUUUAUCAGUUCAUAAAUGAUCUACAACAAUAGGGUUCCUACAAUCUUCAAUAUGAAUGUUCAAUUGUCAUGGAAUAUAGACAAAUGUUUUCACCACCCACUUAUUCAUUAUAGUGCUCGAUCGCAUUAGUUUGAUUUUCAUCAAACAACAACACAUCAGAUAUUCAUACCAUCAUGAGAUUUUCCUCUCAAAUGAUAAAACGAAUCAUGAACCUUAUACAUUGAAUGUACUCGCAUACUAAUCAACUGUGAUUAAUUUCCCUUGAAAGUUUUUUCUUGAAUCAAUGAAUUCUUUCAUCUUUCAUCCAACAGCUUAUUUACUUUGAUUGGUUGACAUCAAAAUACAUUGUUUUUCUCUUACGAAAUUCAUGAAGGACCAAAACAAAUCUGAGUAUUAAAUAUAUUUUAGAAAUUGAUGAAUUGUGGAUUGAUUGAUUGUGUUGAGGAGAAAUAUUUAAUGAUACUUUAAUGGUGGUUUUUAUCCUGUCUGAUUCCAGUUAUGUUUAAGAAAAUCAUAUUACCUAUUCAAUUGAUGAGUAAUUCGUUGAUUUUAAAAUAAAUUUAUUCUAGAUACCACAUGAUCCUACUAACUUUGUUUUUUACAGAUCAAAUUCAAUCAAUUAAAUGUCAUGUGUGUGAUUACUGCCCCAUAGUAACGAAUAAGUCAAUAUCAAAUGAAAACUGUACUUCGUGUGCAGUUGCCGGUGCAAAUUAUUCAGUACACAGAAUAUGUUUGCGUAAUAAUACAAUUCCAACAAACUUUCCAACUGAGAAUCGGGAUGUGUGCUAUUUGGAUCUGUGUAAUAAUGGAGUAAUUGGAGGAAAACGAAACGAUUCAAUCAGUUGUUAUACUAGUCUUGAUUGUGAAAAUAUUACUAUUUACAUAAUUAUAGAGGGUGUUGGAAGAUGUAUGACAACUCAUAGUUCUGGAAUUACUAGCAAAUUUUGUGGAUCUGCCUAUAAUCAAUUGGAUCAUGAGUAUACAAUCGAUCGUUGCUCAACAAAUAGAUGUAACAGAAUGACAAAAUUAUCUAUUCAUCGUCAUGUUACCAUUGUUUUGUUUGUUUGCAUAGCAAUCAGUAAAUACAUUCUAUGAAUGACCUAGCUCAUAAUCUUCUGUGAUUUAUAUAAUUGCUUUAAAUUUACAUACAUUUUGGUCAUUUUAAUUGAAGUGUAUUCAUUAUUAAACACUCUACCUUCUUCCAUACACAUUCACAUAUUAAAUUUAUUGCUUUUUUGAAAUAGUUCACUAUGUACUACUUCAUUUAACCGUAUUUUGUUCUUUAACAAUAAAUUUGUAGUUUUUUCUUCAACGAGAGUAAUAAACUUCAAGAAAAUUAAUUCGGAUAAGAAUAUGUAUGCUAACAUUUUCUAAAAUGCGGUCACGGUUUUGUGGUUUACUGUUGGUUCACGACCUUUUCGAGCCCAAGAAUGAUCAGACUAUUCUAAUGCGAACAGUUCUAUAGCAGUCACGAUAACAAUAACUGAGACUCUACGCUUCAACAGUUAACACAUGAAGAGGACGCAACGUCUGAAAUACUGACACUAAAAGCGGAAUUAUUUGACAUGGAACACCUCAAUAUAUAUAUGGUAACGAAAACACGACCUUCAAGCGUACAAAAAAUUAUAGAACAGGAAAGGUCAGAAAUCAUGCAGGAAAUUAGAUUUCCUAUAAAACUGUAUCUAGUAAAACUUGGGUAUUCUCAAUAAGAAAUGAAUAGCUCUAUGAUUGUUUUAACA